AUGCCAUUUGACAAUCAUUUUAAAUUAAUUGAACUUCAAAAAGCUAAUGGAAUUUCUUUAGGAUCAAUUUUACAUUCUAGAUACUCUGCUACUACAAUUAUAGAUCAUAUUGCUACUAAAAUGAGAGAACAGUUAGUUAAGAAUAUUAUCGAUUGUAGCGCCAAAUUGUCAGUACUUAUUGAUGAAUCCACAACUUUGAGUUCAAAGACAAGUAGGGUUGUUUAUAUUAAAUCUGCAAUAUCUAAUGAUGAUCCUAUUUUUAUGUUUUUGGAUCUUGUUGAGCUUGAUAAUCAAUUAGCUGUCAAUAUUGUUGAUAAACUACUAGCCAGCCUUCAUAAAUGUGGCUUUGAUGAAACAUUUCUUCAAAAAAACUGGGUAUCAUUUGUCAGUGAUAAGGCCAGUGUUCUCCUAGGUAAAAAAAAAUUGAGUAGCUAA